UCAUUUAUCUUUUUAUUGCGUGACUGUGAAAGAGAUCUAUUGUAAACGAAAUGUGUCCACCGAGUGUGCUUUUCGAACGACAGGUAAUCAAGACAAGAAGUAAAUAUAUAUAUAGCCCGGUAAAAUGCCCCUGUUCUCAUUAUCUCUAAAUUUAAUUUUCAGUCAGUUCUUCUAAGGAGCUGCCAAUGAAUUACAAUUUUCCCGCGCAAUUUUACUGUCAGCGGUAAACUUGAUUUGGAUCAUGUGAUCAAUGCCCGCCAAAACAGAAUCGUUCUUCGAAGUUCGCUUCGAAGGAAACCUGCAAUUGGUGUACUCGUGUUUUAUGCUUUUAUUUUCAGUUUUUAUGACCUUUUAUGAAAGAAAUCCGUCUUUUCAUAUAUCCCAGUAUAAAUGAUGCCUGUUGUGCAACCUGAUGAAGAAGAGGCUAGUGGAAGCAGUGCAGCGCCUAGCCCCUCUGUGGGUACACCAUCUCCAACUAAGAGCAAGUCCGGCUCAUCACCAAGACGUAGUGGCAGAAAGGUAAAACAGCGGAUCUUAUAUGGUCACCAGCGUCUGCCUGGUGAAGUGCAAUUGACACCACAGCAGUCUCAAGUUAAGAAGACAAAGAGAACCCCAGAGAGUGGCUCAGAUGAUGAGGAAGAAGAAACAGGAGAAGCUGGAGAACAGUCCUCUGUAAAUAAAUCAAGUGAUGACAGCGACUUGGAAACUCCAGUUCAGGCUCCCACACCAGGAAGAGGAAGGAAAAGAGCUGCAGGAAUAUUUAAAGCCACUCCGGCAGCCAAAAAGGCUAAGUCUAAACAGCCUUCUGCUCGAAAGUCAUCUCAAAAGAGAUCAAGGAAGUCUAAAGAGGGUUCAGAUGCAGACGAGAGUCAAGGAACCUUGUUUGACAUUGUUAAAGCUGGAAGGGGAGCUCUCAGGGCUGUUGUUGAUGACUGGAUUGAGAGCUACAAUUCAGACAGAGAAAAUGCUAUGGUGGACCUCAUCCAGUUUUUUGUCCAGUGUUGUGGUUGCAAAGGAACUGUAACUCCUAAAAUGUUGGAGGAAGAAGAAAGUGUUAAUGCAAUCCGUCAACUCACAGAGCAAUUUGAUGAGGACAGCCAUGAAUAUCCUCUCAUUAUGACAGGUCAGCCGUACAAAAAGUUCAGGGUGAACUUCGUAGACUUUGUAGAUUCGCUGAUUCAGCAGUGUCAACACAGCAUAAUCUAUGACGAGUACAUGUUGGACACAUUGGUGUCCUGGUUGAUCAGAUUGUCUGACUCACAAGUCCGUGCCUUCAGACACACAAGCACACUAGCUGGAAUGAAACUUGUGUCAGCUUUGAUUCGUGUGGCAAAGACUGUUCAGGUAGAAUUGGAUCAUACCCAGCGCCAGUUAGACAGUGAAAGCAGUAAAGUUAGCUCAAAGAAGGCCAUGGAAAAAAUUGAGAUGCUAAACAACAGGAGGCAAGAGCUCAGACAGAAUAUCAGUGACUUGGAAGACAUGAUGAACUUUGUACACCAAGGGAUGUUCAUUCACAGAUACAGAGAUUCCAGGCAUGAAAUCAGAGCCCUUUGCAUUGCAGAAAUGGGUGAAUGGAUGAAAGAGUACAGCACAUACUUUCUGAGUGAUAAGUUUUUGAAGUACACUGUUUGGAGUUUACAUGAUAAGAUUGGAGAGGUGCGACAGAAAGCAAUCCUGUCUUUAAGAGGCCUCUAUGAGGUUGAAGAGUUUCUGUCGCAGCUGGAGCCUUUGACUGAGAGAUUUAAGGAGCGACUUGUAGCCAUGACUCUGGACAAAGAGAAUGAAGUGGCAGUUGAAGCAGUAAAGCUGGUUACGUUACUUCUCCAGAAUGACCGGCUGGAUGAAGAGGAAUGUCAGCAGGUUGAGUUUCUUGUGUUUUGUACAAGUCGCAAUGUUGCCAAAGCUGCUGGAGAGUUCCUGAAGGAGAGACUUGUUAUGGCUGCAGAUGAAGAAAUAAAAAAGGCUAGCAAAUCUAAAAGAGGGAAGAAAGCUGACCAAGAAUUAAAAUCUGUCCAGUUAAAGAAACUGAUUGAGUUUUUUCUUGUUAGUGAGGUCCAUAACCAUGCCGCAUAUCUUGUUGACAGUUUAUGGGAAUCCAUGGACCUACUAAAGGAUUGGAAGCUGAUGACUGAUAUUCUUUUGGAUAAAGGUGACAAACAGGGUUUGAAUGACAGUGAAGAAAUGUCACUGAUUGACAUAAUGGUUUGUGCCAGUAAACAAGCAUCAACUCGGCAGGGUCCCCCUGGGAGAACAGCAAGGAAAGGAAAGGAAAACAAGUCUUCUGUGAAUGACAAGAAAGAGCUCAGUGCACAUUUCAUGCAGACACUUCCAAGCUUGUUGAAUAAGUUUGGAACUGAUGUCGAAAAUGUUAUAAACCUUGUUUCACUCCCUCAGUACUUUGAUCUGGAAGAGUAUGGACAGAGGAGAUUGGGAAAGUAUCUGGAUGAACUUUUGACGCAGCUGAGUGACAUUGUUGAGAAGCACUCUGAUGUCAAUGUUUUAGAUGAAUGUGGCAAAAGUUUUAGGACACUUACAGACAAUGAUUACACCUUGGCUUCCACAGCUGAUGUGUCCAAAAACAAACUCAUUGAUUCAUUUGUGGCAAAAUUCAAGGAAAAUGUGAAGAGUGGUUUGGAAGCAGAUGAAGGGGAUGAAGAUGAUCAAGAAAGAUUUGCUCUUCAUGUCAAUCUUGCCAGAAUAACAUCUUUCUUCAAAUCACACAAUCUCAACAAAUGGGAUCUUUAUGAUGAUCUGUACUACAUCAUUGACUAUGCCAGAAACAACACUGUACCAGAUGAGCUCAUACGCUUAUGUCCCUGUAGCAUUAGGAUUAGGAUACUGGCACCAAAAAAAAAAUUAGUUGUAUUUUUCAACUGGUUGUGCAGAAACAUAUUUUGUCUUUUUCAUGUUGUAGCACCUACUCUUGCUCCUUUGGUGUACGAAGCUGAUCACAGUACUCAAGUACGACUGCGAGACUAUGUUGUCAGCCAUGUGUUUACAGACUUGGAGGAAGAUGAACCAGAGGAAGAAGAUGAGGAUCAGACAGACACCAGUGCUUUGGAGUUGAGUAAAAAGAGGACUGCAUUGGCUGGAUUCUGUAAACUCAUUGCCUAUAAUGUGAUUGACUUGAAACUGGUUUCUCCUGUUUUUGCGUUCCUUAUUAAGGCAUACAGUAACUAUGGUGAUAUCAUCCGUCAUACCAUGGCCAAAUGCCGUGAGAUCAGUAACACAGCAUUUGCCAAAGCUUUGCUUCUGAGUCUUCAGCAAGAAUUUGAAAAACUAUUGGACGAUAAUAAUGGAAAUGCUGAUACCAGCUCCAAGGACUAUACAGCUAUCAAGGAACUUGCUCAUAGGUUUGCACUCUCGUUUGGCGUAGACACGAUGAAGCCUCAAGCUCGUGAAUGUGUUGUAACUUUGCACAGGGAAGGAAUCUUGUACAGCUUAAGGAGUGAAGACACUUAUGCUCAAAAGGAGAUAGAGGAGCCACCAACCAAUCUGCAGUUCUUGGAUGUACUGAAUGAAUUUACAUUCAGGCUGAUUGCUCAGGACAAAUCCGGCAAGACUGGAGUUUUGGCAUUUCUUGAUGAGCAUGCAAAAGAAAUGUUGAAUAAGAAGGGAGGCCAGUGGAGUCCGCUGAUAACGUACAGAAAUGGGUUAGCUGGGCAAGAUGAAGAAGAGGAAGGACAGCCGAAACGGAGUCGGGCAAAGAGAAGACUGCCCAUAGAAGGAGACGAGAGUAAAGAGGGAGAGUGGCUAUCAAAGCAAACUCGAGUGGCGGAGGUAAAGAAGAAAAAGCCACAGAAGCCAAGGGGGCCUCGCGGACGGCCUCCAAAAUCAACUGCAUCAACAGCUCAACAGACAGAGGCCCCCUCGGCAAUACCUGCUAAACCUGUAAAACCUACCGUUGAGAAGGAGGCGAGUGAUGAUGAUGACGAUGAUGCCAUUUCUUCAGGAUCAGGAGAAUGGACUCAAGAGGAGCAGACGCCGCUGUCCUCUGUACAGAAGAAGAAACCAGCAGACGCCAAGGCUGAAGAAGAAGGAAGGGUGACUCCCACUGCGAAACAGGAACAACAAGAAAGAAAGCACGAUGAACUGUCCCAGUCCGACGAAGAAAGAGAUGAGGAACAUGAGGACGGUGGAGAAGGAAGGGUGUCUCCUUCUGAGAGAAGAGAACAACAGAAGAGAAAGAGGGACGAAUCGUCCCAGUCUGACGAAGAAGGAGACGAGGAACAUGAGGACGGUGGAGAAGGAAGGGUGUCUCCUUCUGAGAGAAGAGAACAACAGAAGAGAAAGAGGGACGAAUCGUCCCAGUCUGACGAAGAAGGAGACGAGGAACAUGAGGACGGUGGAGAAGGAAGGAUGUCUCCUUCUGAGAGAAGAGAACAACAGAAGAGAAAGCGGGACGAAUCAUCCCAGUCUGACGAAGGAGACGAGGAACAUGAGGAUGGUGGAGAAGGAAGGGUGUCUCCGUCUGAGAUAAGAGGACAACAGAAGAGAAAGCGGGACGAAUCGUCCCAGUCUGACGAAGAAGGAGACGAGGAACAUGAGGAUGGUGGAGAAGGAAGGGUGUCUCCGUCUGAGAUAAGAGGACAACAGAAGAGAAAGCGGGACGAAUCCUCCCAGUCUGACGAAGGAGAUGAAGAAGAUGAUGAUGGUGGAGAAGGAAGGGUGUCUCCGUCUGAGAGAAGAGAACAACAGAAGAGAAAGCGCGAAGAAUCGUCCCAGUCUGAUGAAGAAGGAGACGAAGAAGGUGACGACGAGGAUCAGGAUUUUGAAAGUCUCCCAGCAUCGUCACAAAGAUCUUGGUUAUCAAGUCAAAAAGCGCGCCAGGACAGCAAAAAGGUUCGGAUAAGUUACAGUAAAAAGGAUACUUCGGGCAUCGGACGUGCAAGUCUUGAAGAUAUCGAUGACGAAGAAGACAUUGAAGAAUAUGAAAGUGAAGACAACACAGACAUCGAAAAGAAGCAGACUGCAAUUCGAGUGAGACGAGAGAGAAAAGAGCUUCCUGAAGCAUUCUUUGGCGACUCACAAGAAGAAAAAGACACGGUAAGAACUGAAGCCUUUACUAGUCAAUUUACCUGUGUCUUUGGUCGCAUGAUUGCUGAGUCACGCAAGUGACGGAAGAUGAAGGGUUGGAGGGAACGUUAAGAGUAUUGUACAGCUUACGGUACCAAAAUUGGAGUACAAACCCCUUGUAAGACCCGUGCUGGGAAAUGUUAGCCCGAGAUGGUAGCACGGUCCGAACGCAGCGAGGUCCGUACAAAAGCGACCUCUGGCCAUUAUUUACCAGUACGGCUCCAGCAAGCUAGUUAGUUAAUAGGUUAUUAUAUGACACUCCAUGGAAGUUGAAAAAUUAAAUUUGCCGGCUUCCAAAAACAAAAAAUACACAGGUUAUGAUUGUUUCCAUGGAAAUGGUCCGUAUCGCAAAAUCCCGACCAAGAAGAACCAUUCCGCAGGACGCUGGGAUUAAGAGUGUUUUUAGG